AUGUCGGACUCUCCAAGCCAAGCUCCCGGGCUGCCCCAGCCCGCCCCUGGGCAUGACGACAUCAUCACCUUAAUUUACUUUGUUGGUCUAAUGGCCAGUGUUGGCUUCAUGGUCUGUAUUUCUCUGGAAAGGCAUUUGCUCAUCGCCUGGCCUCUGUGGUACCGCUUCGGACGACCCAUCAAGGUCUCAGCGGUGGUCUGUGUUGUGGUCUGGGUCAUAGCUUUGUUUACUGGCUGUUUUGUCAGAUUCAGUCACGAUAGAACCAUGGUCACAGCAGUCAACUUCCUCCUCCCCUUCCCUGUGCUCAUCUUCUCAGUGGUUGGGACCUUUAAAGCUCAGUCUGCUGCCAUCUCGGUCUCCUCUGAGGAAAAACGGCGAAUUGUUGGAGCAACAAUUCUGGUGUUGCUUAAUUACACACUGCUGUUCCUGCCUUUCAUCAUUUUGGGCAUAACACAAACUUAUACUUCAACUACACCUCGUACAUUCAUCUAUCUCAAUCCUCUUGGAGACUUGGUUCUUUAUGUUUUCAUGAGAAAAGGGGCCAUAGACAAGCUAUUGGCCUCUGUGUGUUGUUGCAGGAUGGAAACACAACAGGAAUAG